UUACAAUGAUGGAAAACAUUGAUUAUAACGAUUCUGAUAGUGAAUCUGUAGAUGAAAUCGAAAACUUUCCUAUUCUAAACUUCAAUAACGAUACAUAUCAAAAUAUUAAAGAUAAAAUAUUACAACUAGAUGGUGAUGAUAAUGAAGACUAUGACCUUAAUAGUGAAAUAGAAAAAAUUAUAUUACAUGAUGAGUUAGAUGAAGCAAAUGGUGGUCAUCUAUAUAGAAGGUAUGGUAAAGGAACUAGAGAAACAGACUGUAAUGAGAAACAUGAUGACUUAACUAGAGUUUUAGAAACAUUUGAAAAUUGGAUUCAGUUAGUAGCAAAAUCGGAUAAUAUAAUACAAAAACAACAGCUUAUCUGGUUAUUGUUGCCAGCAGUUGAGUUGUUAAAGCCUUAUUUGCUACGAGAAUUGCUUUAUAAACCAAUAAAUCCAGAUCCUUCUGAACGAUUUGUUAUGCUGACUCUACUAAUUACUUGA